UCUUUCUCAAAUCUACACAACGCUUCUUUUAUUUCAAUCCACAACCCCGCCCAGUGCUCUCCUCUCACCAACGCUCCUUCUUCUAGUUCUGAUUCUUCUCUUCUUGUAUAAAAAAAUCCCCAGUGUGCCUGAUUUUCUGCAUUUGUUUCUCGGAAGUAGCAGCCAUGUCAGAAAGAAAAUUCCUGGGAAGCAUUUCAAACUCUGCAUUUCGAAGUCUUAUUGCCAAAUCUGUUCCAUCGAAGAGCAUUGUGAGCUCAAUUCGUUCCAAAUCUAAAUUAAGCAGUGAAAACAUCGCACCUGUAGACCCAAAUGUUCAGAUAAGCGACCCGCCUCUUUUUGCUUCAAAUUCAAUCCCUAAAAAGUCGCCAUCCAAACUAGCAAACACCCCCAUAAAAGAACUCGCCGGAUCAGAGAUUAAACCGGAAGUUUCGCAAUCUUCUGAUUCAUCGCCAGUCAAGGUUGUGGUGAGAUUGAGACCUGCAAAUGGGGCCACUAAUGGCGAACGGAUGGUUCGAGCAGUUUCUAAGGAUUCAGUGUCGGCUGGGGAUAAAAAGUUCACUUUUGAUUCAGUUCUUUAUUCUAAUUCGACUCAGGAGGAUGUAUUUCAAUUAGUUGGUAUCCCUUUGGUUAAUGAUGCAUUGGCAGGUUACAACACAUCACUCUUGGCCUAUGGACAGACUGGGAGUGGAAAAACUUAUACACUGUGGGGACCGCCGAGUGCCAUGGUCGAGACUCCAUUAAUCAAAGGUCUUCAGGGCCUUGUUCCGCGUAUUUUCCAGACAUUGUUUUCUAAUAUUCAAAGGGAGCAGGAAAGUUCUGACUACAAACAAACAAGUUACCAGUGCCGUUGCUCAUUCCUUGAGAUAUACAACGAACGUAUUGGGGAUUUACUUGAUCCCGUGCAGAGAGAUUUGAAGAUAAAAGAGGAUGCCAAAAAUGGAUUUUAUGUAGAGAACUUGACGGAGGAAUAUGUGAACACAUAUGAAGAUGUCACACAGAUUUUGAUUAAGGGUCUUUCAAAUAGGAAAGUUGGAUCAACCGGCAUAAAUUCAAAGAGUUCAAGGUCUCAUGUUGUUUUCACAUGCAUCAUUGAGUCCUGGUGCAAGGAGAACUCAUCAAAGUGUUUUGCUAGUUCAAAGACAAGCAGAAUUACCCUUGUAGAUCUUGCCGGAUUUGAACGAAAUGUACUUGAAGAUGCUGGUAGACAGUAUAUUAAGGAACACAAAUUCGUUAAGAAGUCCACAUCACAAUUGGGGCAUUUGGUUAAAAUCCUAUCUGAACAGAGCAGAGAAAAUGUACUUGAAGCAGCUCCGUAUAACUGUUCCUGUUUAACUCAUUUAUUGAGAGAAUCACUGGGAGGGAAUGCCAAACUUUCUGUCAUAUGUACAGUCUCCCAGGAAGACAACCAUAUGAGUGACACAGUAAGCACACUCAGAUUUGGGAAGAAGGUGAAACUCAUGAAGAAUGAACCAGUAAUUAAUGAGAUCACAGAAGAUGAUGUUAAUGGUCUCAGUGAUCAGAUCCGUUCGCUGAAGGAAGAACUUAUAAGAGCAAAGUUGAGUUCAAACAGUGGGAGUGGAAGAGAAAAUGGAUAUUUCACUGGACAAAGCAUGCGUGACAGUUUGAAUCAUCUGAGAUUGAGCCUUAACCGCUCACUGAUCUUACCCCGUUUUGAUGAUAAUAAAGAUUGUGAAGAGGAGGAAAUCCACAUAAAUGAGGAUGACAUCAAAGAACUUCAAGCCCAGAUUGAUAGCAUCCAUAACUCACAUGAUGAAUGUAGUAAUGUGACAGAUGUUACUAGUGAACGUUACAUUAGCUGUUCAGAUGAGAGUGAAGAAGAAGUAUCUGAGAUGACAGAGACUGCUCUCCAGGAUCCUUUGUUGUCUGAAUCUCCAAAAUUAGGAAAUAUCCAAAGAAAAAGCUUGGUUAUAUCAUCAUCAAAUACCUCAUCUAACAAAACCGGUAUGCAAGAUGUUUCCAGAACUUUUUCUGGAUUAUCACAAGAACCUGAGAAGGAAAACAAAAUUGUCCAGUCUUCUUGUUCCUCAUUGAGGUCAAGUAGAAUAUUUCCUGGACCAACUGAAUCCUUAGCAGCUAGUCUCCAUAGAGGCUUACAGAUAAUUGACCAUCACCAGCAGAUGACUGAAUCAACGAGAUCAUCCUCCUUCUCAUUUAACCAUUUCUCUGUAAAAAAAACUGUCCAUGAAGCAUCAGAAGAAGAAGAAGAAGCUCAAGAUAGCUGCUUAAAGACAUGGAUAACACCGGUUGGUGGAAAUAAUAACGGUGACCAAGUGCCUAAACAACCAGACGCUCUGAAGAGAGAGAAGAACCUUGAAAAGGUUUGUGAAGAACAAGCAGAAAAGAUCCAGAAGCUCAACCAACUGCUAUCACAGUGCAUUUGUGGGACGCAGAGGAGCGUUCUUGAUUGUGAGGACAUGGAUGGUGAUAAAAAGUGGAGUCGGCCGAUAAAUUGCCAAGAAAAGCUUUUGGAAUGGAAUGGUAAGGGAGAGAAUGAUGAAGAGAUUGUUAAAGAAAUCCAGGGAGGAGAGCUUGGUCAGGAAGAUGGUGGUGGUGAGGCCCAACAAUGCUUUAGUGUGGCGGAAAGGGAUGCCCUUGUCGAAGAAAUAGAAACCCUGAGGACCAAACUGCGAUCACACACCGGGGACACUGUGAGCAACAACAAAUCGACUGAAAGACUGCGCUCCUCAUCAAAAGGUCAUAUUAACAGGGACAGAGAGGAGCUCCAAUCAGAAAGGGAGAGAUGGACAGAAAUGGAGAGCGAGUGGAUUUCUCUAACAGACGAACUGAGAAUCGAUCUGGAGUCAAUCCGGCAGCGAGCAGAGAAGGCGGAGGCAGAUUUGAAGCUGGAGAAAAGGUCCGCGGCGGAGUUGGAUGACGCACUCCGAAGAUCCGUCGUGGGACAUGCUAGGAUGGUGGAGCACUAUGUGGAACUUCAGGAGAAGCACAAUGAGGUAGUGGAGAAGCACAGGUUGAUGAUGGCGGGGAUUCAAGAGGUUAAAAUGGCAGUCGCGAGAGCGGGAGGAGGGGGUAAGAAGAAUGACGCUCGGUUUGCCAAGUCAUUGGCUGCGGAACUGUCAGCCUUGAGGGUGGAAAGGGAGAGGGAGAGGGAGCUCCUGAGGAAGGAGAACAGAAGCCUGAAGGUUCAACUCAGGGACACCGCAGAAGCAGUCCAUGCUGCUGGUGAACUACUAGUUAGAUUGAGAGAAGCCGAGGAAACUGCAUCUCUUGCUGAGGAGAAAUUCAGAAAAGGAGAGGAAGAGAAUGAGAAGUUACAGAGGCAAAUGGAGAAACUGAAGAGAAAACACAAGAUGGAGAUGACCACCAUGAAGCAGUGUCUUGCUGAGAGCAGAUUGCCAGAAGCUGCUUUACGGGGGACAUCUCUGUUUAGGGAGCAAUCUGACACAUUGACAGCAACACAACAUUCAUCAGCUUAUAAUGAUGACGAUGAUGAGCAAGCGUGGAGGGCGGAAUUUGGUGCCAUAUAUCAGGAGGAGCAUCAUCAUUAUUGAGUUAGCCAUCUGGAUGGAACAAAUCCCUGCUUGGGACUUGGAGAUUUUAUUUUAAUGUUAUACUCCAAUUUGUUGGUGUGAGUUUUAAUGAUGAUGAUGUGUAAGGCGGUAUGUAGUAGUAUUAUGAGCCCACCGUACUUUACAAGUAUUCGGGUAAUGGUUUUACUUUCCUAUUAAUUAAUCUUCAAUUUAUAUUCUUUAGAUAAUUUGAUUAAUGUCAUUUGAGAAAGCAAUCUAGUGUUGGAAAAAUGUGUGAAAAAAUUGCAUUAAAUGGCUAUUUUGG